AUGGCCUCGCUUCUAGAAAACCUGCCGAAUGAAAUCAUGCUUCAUAUUUUCAGAUAUAUCAAUCCGGGAGAUCUCGACGCCACGCAGGCACGGCUUAUAAAGUGUAGCAAGGCUCUUCGUCGGCGCUUUGAGCCGUGGUUGUACUCGUCACAAGAGUCUUGUGACAGAAUCGUACGCCUGGCAUGUAUCCGCGGAUUGAACGAGACAAUUAAGCUGGCUGUUGGUACCUACAAUGCAUCACCCAGCACUGUCACCAUAUGGCAGAGAAAUGGCAGAGGCAAGCCAGCUAGGCCCCUCAAGAUCUUAACACUUCACCUUGCGACCAAGAAAAUGAAAUCGGAUACAUUUGAGCUCCUUUUGAAGCUUGGGGCUAGAGUCGAUGUUGGGGACAUCAACUCGGUUGUGGCAACUUCGCAAAUCUCUCGUAUCCUCAAGGCUCUGCAUAUUGACCAUGCAAAAAUGCUGCACCCGUUUUUCACAUCAGGCACUGCUGGACAAGUGCAGCACAUCUCCGUGGCAGACCAUUGCCUCGUCCCGGCUAUCAUCAACAAAGCGUCUGUCGAGACCGUUCAGUUGCUCCUCGACCAUGGAGCCAGCCCUAACCGACUUGAGGCUGGCGACGUUCGAAUGAAUGCACUCUCUGCAGCAGUCAAAGUCGGGUCGAUAAACAUCUUUACGCUGCUAUUAGACAGGGGCGCUGAUUUGAAUGUGAAAGGGGCUUUGUCUCGGGGGAGAUCUAUAUUCGAGGUUCCCGUCCUUGCUGCUGCUCAAGCCAUGGCAGAAUUUCAAUCAACGGAAAUGCUACAGCUUUGUAUUGACCAUGGUGGCUCCCUCGACGUCAACCUCCGAUUUCAACAUCGACAUUCGAGGACCUUCAUGACGGUCCUGCUCGCCUAUCUCGACGCCAUAGCUGAUUGGCAGGUCACCUUUAGGCUUUCUCCGGCCCAGGCAGUCUCUUUUAUUUUACAUCAUCUUGGCCAUCACGAGAGCGGUUACAGGCACAAGGAAGAGGCGAACCCUGGACAUGAUCGCCUUCUCAUUGGGCAAAUCCUGGAGAUGCUUGUUCGAAAAUGGGGAGUCAACUAUUUGGAAGUGGACGAAUUUUUCCACUGCCGAGACCAUACUGAAAUGGGAAGGAUACUCUAUCAGUUCGUUCUAUACUGUGAGGAUACCAAAUACAUAUCUAAGCGGGAAAAUGUGGAAAUUCUCGUCGACCGCCUCAUCCAGUCAGGGGCUGAUAUCAAUUUCAGUCCACAUGAGGAUAUAUCUUCAUAUCCAGUUCUUCACGCCGUUUGUAACCAAAUCGACAAAGAAACCAGAAAGAUGGAAGAGGAAAGACUCAUAUUUUUUGGAUGGCAAUAUGAGAUAGAUUCAAGAUCUUGGUUACUCGAGAUGAUUGUCCGCAAGGGCGGAGAUGCCACAUUGCGGUUCAAUGGACUGACCGCGCUUGACCGGCUCCGGCGUACAAGGCAUCAUCACGUCGAAACCAGGAUUUACAUUUCCCAUCUAACUGGCUACUUGAACUAUCCGGGAGGAGUUAUGGAUGGCCUUGAGGACUUUGUUGAGUUUUCCGGAUUAUUCUCCGAUGAAUAA